UUUGUUAGGGGACCCUCUCAGGGCUUCCUCUCCAAAGCCAAACAACGCCGCCGCCGCCGGACUAGGGGUUCGCCGCAGGCAAGUCUUCCAGGAUGGGGUACCACCGCCAUAGGCGCGGGCGUGGAUCCUCGUCGUCGUCCUCCUCCUCCUCUUCGCGCCGCACCAAGCAAGAAGCCUCGUGCGAUGAUGCUCCUGGGACAUCACUUCCAAGGCAGGAAGACAACGCCGAAGAGGAAUCUAAUAGCCCAAAAAUUCAGCUUGCAAUGUGGGACUUUGGGCAGUGCGAUGCUAAAAGAUGCACUGGUCGUAAGCUUUCAAGAUUUGGGCUGUUAAAGGAGUUGCGAGUUACUAAUGGUUUUGGUGGCGUUGUUCUCAGCCCUGUUGGGACACAUUGUGUGUCCAAGGAAGAUCAUCCUAUCGUGCAACGAAAAGGAUUGGCUGUGGUUGAUUGUUCUUGGGCACGUUUAGAUGAUGUCCCUUUUGUGAAACUCCGUUGUGGUGCUCCUCGUCUCUUGCCAUGGUUGGUAGCAGCAAACCCUGUGAAUUAUGGCCGGCCAUGUCAGCUUUCCUGUGUGGAAGCUUUGUCAGCAGCCCUCAUAAUAUGUGGGGAGGAAGAGACAGGAGAACUGCUGCUUGCGAAAUUCAAGUGGGGUCACUCAUUCUUAUCACUUAACAGGGAUCUGCUGAAAGCAUACUCCAAGUGCGAAAAUGGCACCGAGAUAAUCAACGUGCAGAACUCUUGGCUGUCAAGUGCAUCGAGUGUUUCAAAGUCACCUGUAAACGUGGCAGAUAAACCACACCGAAGCACAGAGGAAGGAUCAGAUUCUGAAUCUGACGAUGGCUUGCCCCCUCUGGAAGAGAACAUGAACCACUUGGACCUCAGCGAGGGCGAAGAAAGCGAAGAGGAAAGUGAAACUGAAAACGAAGGGAUUACCGACGCAAAAUGAUGGUUGUUUGUCUGAUCGAAAUAAGAUCCAGGUCUCUUGAGGUUUUUAUCGUGGAUCUGAAAACAAUCUAUCUCUGUACACUUGUAUUGCUUGCUUGCGUCGUGUACCAGUCAUAUGUAUUUUUCUUUUGAGGGAUUCGUGUAUCAGAUCAGUAUAUGUAAGUGUAGACUGUAAACAGGGUCAGUCUUUGAGAACACGAGUGCUUUUAUUUAGACUAAUACAGGCUCGUGGGACGUUUUCGCUGA